AUCACUCUUUAUAAAGUAUAAACCCUUUCUUCUUCUUCUUCCUUCUUCUUCAUCAAAUCCACUCACUCGAAGAGAGAGACGAGUAAACACACAGUCCUCACAGUCUCACAUUUAUAUAUAGAGAGAGAGAGCGCGCGCAUUCCCUCCCAUUUAUCAUUAAUGACUCCCUGCAACAAAGCGUGAUAGAGAGAGAGAGGUUUACCAGUAGCAGUAGCAGUACUUGUGUUUGUUGUGUGGAUUUUUUGCAUUUGAGAGAGAGAUAAUGGAGAUGGAUCUGAGCAAGGUUACUGUCGACAUUUUCACGAAGCUUGAACAGAAAUGGCUCUCCCACUGCGGCGACGCCACCCGUAAGACCCGAAUCCUUAGCAUCGACGGCGGUGGAACCACCACUGGCAUUGUCGCCGGAGCUUCUGUCGUCCACCUCGAAGACCAGAUCCGCCUUCAGACCGGCGACCCUCACGCUCAGAUCUCCGAUUUCUUCGACAUUGUCGCCGGGACUGGAAUCGGAGGAAUACUCGCCGCCCUGCUCGUCGCCGACGACGGCUCCGGGAGGCCGAUGUUCACCGCCAGGGACGCUGUCAAGUUUAUCGCGGAGAGGAACUCGGAGCUCUUCGAGAUCAGGCACACCGGAGUAUUCAGGAGGAGGAGUAGGUACUCAGGGAAGAGCAUGGACAGGGUGCUGGAGGCGGCGUUUCGGAGGGAGGACGGUAAGGUGCUGACGAUGAAGGACACGUGUAAGCCUCUCCUGGUUCCUUGCUACGACAUGAAGACGUGUGCUCCUUUCGUGUUCUCACGCGCCGGCGCGUCGGAGUCGCCGAGCUUCGACUUUGAGCUGUGGAAAGUGUGCCGUGCCACGUCGGCAACACCGGGGCUGUUCAAGCCGGUGAAUGUGGUGUCGGUGGACGGGAAGACAUCGUGCUCGGCCGUAGACGGCGGUUUGGUGAUGAACAAUCCAAGCGCAGCAGCCGUGACGCACGUGCUCCACAACAAACGAGACUUCCCGACGGUGAAAGGCGUAGAUGACUUGCUCGUGCUUUCCUUGGGAAACGGUUCUUCCUCCUCUCCGGGAAGGAAAAUCCGCCGUAACGGAGACUGCUCCACGUCAUGCGUCGUUGAUAUCGUUCUUGACGGCGUUUCCGACACCGUCGAUCAGAUGCUGGGGAACGCUUUCUGUUGGAACCGUACGGACUACGUUAGAAUCCAGGUGAACGGGUCGACGAGCAGCGGAGAGGAGAUUAUGGGGCCGAGGAAAACGGCGGAGGAGUUGUUGAAAGAGAUUGCUGUCGAAACGGCACCGUUUGGAGUCAAACGGUUACUAACGGAGACAAACGGUGAAAGAAUCGACAGUUUCGUGCAACGUCUUGUUGCUUCAGGCAAGUCUAGCCUCCCUCCUAGCCCUUGCAAGGAAUCUGCCGUUAACCCUCUCGCUGACGGCCGUUAAGUUAUUCUUUCUCUUUUUUUUGUUUUAAUUUAUUUUUCUAAACUAAAAAACCCCCGUGAUGAUGUAAGUUUGUAACCAAACCCCCCGGGUAAAUCCUUUUAUCUCCGAGUUAAA